CCCCGCGCUCCUCCAUCACUGCUCCUCCUCAGCUCCACCAGGCACCAUGCAGCCGCUCCUCCCGCUCCUCUGGGCCGUGGCGGUGCUCUCCGUCCGGGUGUCCUCCGCCCCGGGCUGCGGGCCGUGCGACGCCGCUCAGUGCGCCCCCCUCCCGGCGGACGGCUGCCCCGCCGGCUCCAUGCCGGACGCCUGCGGCUGCUGCACGGUGUGCGCCGCCGCGGGGGGCGAGCUGUGCGGCGGGCGCCGGGCGGCCGCGCGCCGCUGCGGCGCCGGGCUGGAGUGCGUGAAGGGCGACGAUGAAAAGAAGAGCAAGAUGGGGAUCUGCGUGUGCAAGAGCAACUACGAGGUGUGCGGCUCCGACGGGGUGACCUACCGCAACGGAUGCGCGCUGAAGAGCGCCGGACUGGCAGCCGAGGCGCAGGGCAAAGAGCCCGUCACCCUGCUGAACAAGGGCCGCUGCGCGUCAGCUCCCAUCAUCGUCACGGCUCCGGGCCAGGUGUACAACGUGAGCGGCUCUCAGGUGUACCUGAGCUGCGAGGCGGUCGGGGUGCCCACGCCUGUCCUCACCUGGAAGAAGGUCCUCAAUGGGAAGAAGAGAAUGGAGCUUCUUCCAGGAGAUCGAGACAACCUGGCCAUCCAGACCAGAGGAGGACCAGAGAAACAUGAAGUGACCGGCUGGGUGCUGAUCUCCCCUCUGACCAGCGAGGAAGCCGGGUCGUACGAGUGUCACGCCUCCAACUCUAAAGGAGAGGCUUCGGCUGUGGGCCAGAUCCACCUGGUGGAGUCCAUCCAGGACGUCAACGUCAAGACAGUGACCAAGGAGGGUGAGCUGUGAUUGGCUGUCAGUGGACAGGACCACACACAAGAUUUUUAAACCUUUUUUUUUUGGUGAACAUCUGAAACAUUUAACCUCAUUUAGUUAUUAGGAUGACAAUUUUAACCUCAUUAUACAUGUUACAAUGGCAGUAAAAGAGUUUAAACAUCGGAAUUCUUUCCUUUUAAGCAUUUUACACUGUUUGUAUUGUCAUUUAUUCUUUCAUCUUCAUUUAUUAACUGAGUGAAAGUAGGGUUUUUAUUAUUAUGGAGUCGCAGCUCGUCUCUUGUGGUUUGAUGGUUUUCUUAGAUGUAUACAAUUUUCUUUUUGACUGAUCCUUUCAAAAUUUAUGACUGAUUUUAAAAGUCAAAAUAAAGUUUUUUUUUUUCCUGUU